AUGAUGGGGAAACUCCCCCUGGGGGUUGCCUCCCCUUAUGUGAAGAUGAGUUCAGGGGGCUGCACAGACCCCAUGAAAUUCUACGCCACCAGCUACUGCACAGCCUAUGGUCGGGAGGACUUCAAGCCCCGCAUAGGCGGUCAUAAAGGCACUGGCUACAAAUCGAAUUACCGGCCCGUGGUCUCAUACCAAGCCGGUCUCAAUGCCCCGGACAACCCAGCCAUGGGGGAGCAAGCCCGGAACAAUUUCCAGACGGUAACCAGUCAGAGUUACCGCCCCCUGGAGGUGCCUGACGGCACAAGCCCACUGCCUUGUACCUUGUACCAGGCCAACUCUGGCUACUCUAUGGAGAAGGCCACUUCGGCACCCUCCACCAAGGAGGUCCGGAAGGUCCAUUUUGAUACCCAGGACUACGGGCCCCAGGCCAUCACGGGGCUGGAGCCCAAGCACGUGCCCCUGCUCCACCAGCAGCAGAGCCAGGGCUCCCUGGAGCGGGAGAAUGCCGGACACGGCCCGCGCUUCAUGGCUUCCGAGUAUAAUUCCAAGUAUCUCAAGGAGCCUUCAAACCAGCCAGAUCUCUUGCAGAAGAAAUCAAUCGGGGCCAAGGAGGAGACUGGCUUCACUGAGGAAUCCACUAAGAACCCCAUUGUCUUCCAGCCGCCCUCCCAGGUCCUCCCUGGGGACCCGGUCCUCCUUCCUGGCCGGAGUGUCACCAAGUCGGACUUUCUCCCCAUGACCCACCCUCGGGGGGACGAGGUCCUGCCCCAGCUGGCCAGAGGCUCCGAGCGGGACACAGCCUUCAGCCGAGUGAACGAGAGGGUGCUCAACUCCAGAGUGCCCCCUCCCGGCCCAGAGCUCAGCAGCAUGAGCCACUGGCAGUACCAGCACCCUCAGCGGGUACAACAGACCAAUGUUGCCCUGCUUGGCCGGGAGACCGUGGGGAACAAGGAGCCCACAGGGUACAGCCUCAACAACACUAGCUAUGUCCGGAGCCCCUACGACCCUGACGUGGAUAAUCACUACCUGACCACCUACAACCAAGGGUACUUCGAGAACAUCCCCAAGGGGCUAGACCGUGAGGGCUGGACUCGAGGGGGCAUCCAGCCGCAGAAGCCGGGAGGCUACACCCUCAGCCAUCCAGUCACCCGCAUGGAGGCCACUCCCAACCCCGCGGAGACCCUGAGGCACCUGCACCCCCACGUGGGAAGGACCCUGAUCUCCACGGACCCCUUCUACCGUUCCGCCCCUCCCAGCAGCCGCUUCAACACACCCCACUGA